AUGCUUGAGACAAGCCUAAAAGAUUUGUUCUUCCUUUCGUACUUUUCAGUUGAAGUUGCGAACAAAAUCGAGACAGAGAGCGUCUCACCAGAGCUCUGCAAACGACUUAAGACGCCCUUGCAGCAGCUCCUUCUGAUCCUCCAUAGUGGUCGUGUUUUGGCCAGCGAGGAGUUGGACCAAUACCAACAGCAAAAUCACCAAUCCUCUAAUCUCCAAACCGAAUGCAGUCACUGUGGACGCGUAAUAACACCGAUCGGGGCGUCGCGUCUGCCUCAACUCCUCGGUUUGUCACCACGUCUCACUACAGUCAUUUCGGAGGCUAUCGAUUCUGCUUCUGUCGACUCGAGCGCCGAUCCGCUCUGCGUUGCUCGCCUUGUGCACACGCCGGAGUGGACCAGUGCCUACAAAACACUGUGUAAGACGAUGGAAACGCUCUACCUACCCGCGUAUAUGGAGAGUCCUGAAUACCUUGGCAGGGUGGGUGCGACCUCUACCAUCUCCAGCCCUGGCUAUCAAUUCAUUCCGGCGGAUGUCACGGCGGACAUUGACAUGGCGAACACAUUGGAACUGCUGACGAUGAUGCUCCCUUACAAUUCACUAAAACUCCAAUUAAGAAGUGUCCUAACAAUAAGGAAUUACAUUGAUUUCAUGUUUUUCAAAGACUUUCUCGAUUCCAACCUCAGUCGUCGCUUCUACAAGUCAUCAAAGCAAAGCAGUUCCUUCAACGAUAUUAACGAACUGAGUCGUCGUGAGUUUGCUUCUCGCGCGAAGUCUGUGGCAAAGGACGAUAUGUCCACCACCUCCGCAUCAAGAAGAUCAGGUCGCCUUCGGUCGCGUCGUCGCCCAACUUCUCCGUCCCCCAUGAAAAGUGCAAAGAUGACAGAGGAGGAUUUGGACUUCUCCAAAUGGCGUGUUUCAAUUCCUUUCUAUACUUCUGCCAGUCGAUCCUCUACCUCUUCAUUGGGUGGCAGGGGAAACUUUAAAUCUUCUUCAGCCUCGUCAGUAGCAGCAGGACCCAUGAUGUUGACGCUGAUGAUGAAUCCAGAACAACCAGAUUUUUCACUCUUCUCCUUCACGGCUCCCAGCCAAGGCUACUAUACAGUGAUUGCGGAGCGUGAAAUCAGCGGCAAGACGGUUUCUAGUAGAGUUCGUAGGAAGUAUGCGGAGUUUUAUGUAUUGGAACAGAGGCUGGUAGAGUUUCACGGUUCGCUGAUUUCACAUCGAUUACACGCCCGACGGUAUGGAGCUCAGUCUCAUCACUUUCUUGAGAACAUGAAGUCAUACUUUGAGCGUUUCCUCAGGGUAAGCGAUCUUACUCAGUUUUCUCUGCACCCUUUUCAAUGGAGAGCUAGGCGUAAGUCACAAUUAUCUGAUCCGUUAUGUGCCACGCCUGACAGUGCGAUUGAUAGCUGUCGGAUUUCCUGCCAACCAUCCCCUUUUUAUUUAUUUGGGUAUGAUUUGGGAAAGAACGAAUCUGAAGUUGAGGACUCCUUUUUGUUUCAGUACUUGCUUACUCAACCCUUCCUACGCACAAGUGAACUCAUGUACACCUUCCUCACCUCACCCAAUGUGGAGUUUACAAGCAACAACCUAGCGGACAUUCGUCUGGGCAAAUUCGUCAAGUCCAUGCCCAUUCUUCUUGCUAAGGAGAAGGGCCAGUUUACGGACAAAUUCCUGACGGCCUUCCGCUCCUCUUGCUUUGCUUUGCCAACGCAGAAGAUGGGAUCGACUGUGAAUCACCAUCACGUGGAAUCGCAUUCAUCGCAUUCCAUACUGGAGCACCGACUACGAUCUACGCUCUAUUGGAACAACGCGGGCAUUCCUAUACUCCAAAGGCGUGCUAGUGGCUCUGAGUGUUGUGCAAUGGAGGGCUCCUACGUGACAAGCUUCUAUGACUUCUUCGGCUACCUGGUCGAUAACUUUCGCAAGCCUGAGCCAAAGGGUCUGUCGAACACUGAGCAACAGGCUCCCAUGCGAUGUCUCGAUUCUACGACUGGAAAGUUCUCCGUCUACAUGGAUUUCUUGCAAUGGCUUCAGCGCAUGGCGCUAACCUGUUGGUCUGUGCUCAAAAUUCUCUGGUAG